AUGGUGGUGGUUGUGCAAGCUGAGACGAUGGGUGAUCUUAACAUCCCAACCAUUCCAGAAUCUCCAUCUUGCAUCACACUUUCGACGGCAGCUAGAAACUACGAGCUUCAGACCAUUCACUUCAAUAUGAUGCCUUCUUUCCAUGGUCUAAGCUCAGAGGAUCCACUUAGUCAUAUUCGUGAAAUUUUUAACAUAGUUUCUAGCAUGUCUUUGACUAUAGGGGUUACUAAAGAGCACUUAAUGAUGAAGAUCUUCCCUCACAUUAUGAAGGACAAGGCAAAGAUGUGGCAGUCUGCGGUCUGGAUCACUCCGUACAUGGACAGAGAUUCAAAACAAAAUCAAUGCCCUCAUCAUGCUUUGCCUAUCUUAGUGUUGAUGGGUAUUUUCUACAAGGCAUUGACAAUUCCUAGUAAAGCUGCAGUCAAUAAUUAUGCAGGGGGGUCGAUUAGGAAUAUGACUCCAUCCGAAUGUCAAACUUUAUUUGAGAGACUUGCCAUUGAGACGCAACAUUCGAAAGUGAGAGGUAAACGAGCAGGUGUGUAUGAAAUUUCCAAUUUUGGUUCUUUUGCACCAAAAUUGCAGGUUGAUGCCAUCUCUACUAAGUUGGACAUGCUUCUAGCAAUGAAUGGGCAUACGAUUCAAGGAAUGGAUUUUUUUGAGGUUGUGCAAGAACAAGCGAAUAUGAUGAACUCCUACAAUCGGAAUCCAAUGUUUGAUCCCUACUCUAACUCCUAUAAUCCCGGUUUUCCAGCACAUCCAAACUUUUCUUGGAAGAACACUCAAAAUCAAGCCAACCUAUCUACCAUCACAUUGGAGGACAUGGUGCGUCAGUUGACAAUUAACCGUCAGAAACUGGAGGCACAAGUGGGUCAAAUUGCAGAAGCAUUGAGUAAAAUGGAGGCUAGAAAGUUUCCAAGCCAAACUGAGGUCAAUCCAAACAAUAGGGAGCAUGCCAUGGCUAUCACACUUUGUGAUGAGCAACAAAGCCGAGUAGCUAUAAAGUUAGAAGAGCAGAAAGUUCAAGCACAAGAGCAGCCGUUUCAGCAGUCACGUCGUGGAAUCAAGUAUGGGUUGCUUGACCCUGACAAGCCUGCUCCACCUGUGAAACCUUAUCUCCCUCCAGUCUCGUUUCCAGGGGGGUCUUAG